UGCACACAUGGGUCGAGUCCCCACACCCGAGGAGCAUGGCGGAUACUCCGCGCCCUAUCGUCAUAUGAGUUGUGAUGAUUGCUAAUCGCGACUACCAACGCUUACCAAGAAACCCGGCGCGAUGUGUAAGCAGGUCAAGUGUACUUGCGGAAGUUCCGCUAGGAGGCCUGUCUAUAUAUACCGGGGCGCCAUCUACUCCUGCCUUCACACCCCUCAAGCAAGUACCACUGCACCAUGUCUGCCAAGUCAUACCAAGAACUUAAGGGAGUCUCGCCCAGCACUGCAUCCACCGACGACAGUGUCCUCAUCAUCAUCGACGCCCAGAACGAGUACGCCGAAGGCCUCUUGACCACCGUCGACGUCGCCUCCACCCGCAAGGCCAUCAGCACCCUCCUCACGCACUACCGCAACGCCUCCGCCCCCCUCGUCCACGUCGUCCACCAGACCCCCGCCGGCGCGCCCUUCUUCACCCCCGGCACCCGCCUCGCCGAGGAAUUUGACGAGCUCAAGCCUGCUCCUGGCGAGCCCGUCGUCGGCAAGCAGCACCCCGGGGCGUUUACGGGCACCAACUUGCAAGAGCUGCUCGACAGGUUUGGGAAGAAGAAGGUGGUGCUUGUGGGGUAUAUGGCGCAUAUCUGUGUGAGCACUACGACUCGCCAGGCGUCCGAGAGGGGGUACGAGAUUGUGCUUCCUCGGGAGGCGAUUGGCGACCGCGACAUUCCGGGCGUCAAGGCGGCUCAGUUGGUGGAUGUAGUCUUGCGCGAGCUGGCCGAUGGGUUUGGUACUGUCGUCAGCGUUGUCGACAUUAAAUAGUCAUGUAGUAGUCGAGUUUGAAGUAAGAAUGAAUUUGUCGUGACUCUCGUG